AUGAAAAUAACCCAGUCCAGCUCGUUUGCGAACCUCCAACGCUUGUUAACCGCAAUCCUUACUUCUCUAGCAGGCAGAGUCCUUCUGGUUUCUCUGGCUGUGUAUGGAAUUGUCUUUGAAUACUGCAGACUGAGCUACUGGCGCGACCCUCAUUCCGCAUUUUUCGAUGACAGGCACGUCUACGACCUGAAAUAUAGUCUUUAUCGAGAACAUGAGGCGCUCCAGCACAUAUCGGCAUAUAAUGCCAGAACCCAGCCCCCAGCAAGCACCUACGCAUCUCCAAACCCUCGAAUGUGUCUCGCCUUCGUAACGGUAAAGCGAGACCAUGUGAACUACUUCGACGCCUCCGUCGGUUCUCUCCUCAGCGGGCUCAAUGACAGAGAGCGUCGUGUCUUCUCGGUCAACGUGCUUUUCGCCAACACGAACCCCGACGUUCACCCUAGCUGGGGUCAACUGUGGAUGGAUCGGCUGCUUGAUUCGGUGUCCUCGUAUAAUGUGCCUGAGACGGAUUUUCAGAGCCUUCAGGCCCUUGAAGAGAGUCAUAAUUGGCAUGAAAAGGGUAUCUAUGACUAUACAUACGCCCUAGAUCAAUGUUACCUUACCGGCGCUCCAUAUAUUGGAAUCUUCGAGGACGAUAUUAUAUUUGCGGACGGAUGGCUAGUGAAAACUCUCCGGGCUCUGCAUGAUAUAGAAAACAAAUUAAAAGCGCAGAACUGGUUGUAUCUACGCCUUUUUUACACUGAAACGGCCCUGAGCUGGACUAGUGAUGAUUUUGCAUACCGCCACAUGGGCCCCGUGUUUCUUGUUACGAUGCUUUCAGCCUGCGGCGCUCUCUUACUUAUUCGUCGAACACUACCCAGCGCUCGUCGACACUUGGAUGUCGCAACCAUCGCCGUGAUUUGCACGAUUACAGUCCCCGCGUUCAUCGGCCUAGUUUUCAUGAUAGGGAAAUACAACAUCACCCCUUUGCGCGGCGUUGUAGAGAUGAACAAGCAUGGUUGUUGUACGCAAGCCAUGAUUUUCCCUCGCGAUCAAGCGCCCAACUUGGCCAGCUUCCUACGCGAUCGCAAGGGAGGGCAGACGGACUCGUUGAUUGAAGAAUACGCCGAUAAGGAAGCUUUGCGUCGCUUUGCGCUCGCCCCGCCCCAGGUCCAGCACGUCGGUAUUCGUUCCAGUCGCGACAACCUGGAGAUUAACACUCGCAGUACGUGGGCGUUUUGGUUCGAGGAAAACGAUCCUGUGGCUUUGCGUCGGGAACAUGAUGAGUACUUUAUGGAAAUGGGUGACAUGUCUUUUGCUUGA